CCAAACAACUGGGUUUCGGGGGCGAGCGUCGGGCUUUUCCGAGCUGUGCUGGGCGCUCGCUCCCAGUGGCGUCCGGAUGGGGGGGAGGGGGAGAGGGAGAGGCCUUCGGACGCCGCUGUUGCUGCUGUCGCCGCCGCCGCCACCGCCACCCACUUCCCGGUUUCUGCCACCUCUAGGUACUUCACAUGGACAAAAUUGAAUAGGAGAAAAAGUUGAGCUGGAUUUCAUUUGGAAUUUGUAUGGUACUUUCAUUGAACUCAAGUUGCAUGCUGCCACAUCUGAUAUGCUUCAGGGCAUCUGACUGACCUAAGGGUUAAGCCAUAUCAUAAACUGCAGAAGAUAGUUUGACCUUUGGAAACUACAAACUGAGAACUCAUUUGAUCUGCCAAAGGCAAAAAUAAGAAAAAGUGUCCUUCCUUUACUACGAUCUUCAAAGUAUCCUCUAGAAUAGAUCCUUGUGGGAUUACUUCAUCAAAUAUUAUGUGUAAUAUGAAUGGAAAAGGUCCCGCCGAAAGCUUGAAUGUUAAAGAUAAGAAUAAUACACCAUCCAUGACAGUCCAACAAGUAGAAGAAGGAGAAGAGCCAUUAUGUAUUUGGGCUGUUGUGAAACCUGGCAAUACUAAGGAGAAAAUUGCCUUCUUUGCAGCCCAUCAGUGCAGUAACAGGACAGGCUCAAUGAAAAUUAAAAGCACUUGGGAUAUUGACGGAAGAGCUACUAAGAGAAGGAAGAAAUCUGUGGAUCUUAAAAAAGUCAAGGUACAAUUAGAAAGGAUGAAAGAAGGCAGUGUCAGCCCCUACCAGCCUGAGCCUUUUGCUUGUGAUAUUGAAAACUGUUCUUUGCAUUACAUGAGUGACAAUGGAAAUGGAUUCUAUCCAGGGAGGCCUGCAUCAGUCAUUGAAAUGGUUGCUUUCCUAGAGCAGAGAGCAAGUACUCUGCUGGCUACGUGCACCAAAAACUGUAUCAACUCUUCUGCCACUCUGAGAUUCACAAGGCAAUCUAAGGAGGUGCCUCCAGCCUCUGAUCUCUUUUGUGUCCUGGAAGCCUGCGAGGACCCUCCGAGAGAAAAUCCCAAGGGCGGCAAACCACAGGGUGAGACUGUGCACGUGCUCGACAUGGUGGCCAGGCUGGAGUCGGAAUGCUUGAAGCAGCAGAGGGAACGGGAAACGGGGGGAGGCCUUUCUAGAAAUAACAGCUUCCGGAGGCACGUGGGCCGGGUGUUGCUGGCAAACGGCACUCGGGAGGAGGGGAAUGAAGCUGUGAAGGGGUUCCCCGAGAUCCCAAACGCCCAGGAAAAUCCCGCUGUGGCUGGGACUAGAGAUGGUGCCCCAGAGAGUGCUGGCCACUGCUCUUCUCUGCAGGGAACAGAGUCUUGGGAAUGUGCCUCCCCUGCUUCGCUGUCAGCAGGUGUGGACUUUCAUGUGGACAGCGCAACCUUAGAGCCGGGGCAGCAGAGCGCUAUGAAAAUACAGGGCAGGUGUGACGUGGAGAUGGCCGAGGAGCUCCAUGGGCCAUCUUUUCUGCCUCACACCCAGCCUCAAGAAUUACCAUCAGAUGCUAUGCAAAACAAAGGGGGGACUGUUGAUUGUAUGAGUAAGAAGAUUGUGCCAUUUCCUAGCCAGAAUCCUGAUCAAAGAAUGAGAGAGUCUGUAUGUAUUAGUAUUUCUGUAUCCAAGGUGGAGAAAAACCAGGAUUCUGGUAUAAGCCAUUGUGAAGAUCCACUCCCAGGGAUGCUGUUCUUUCUUCAGCCUAAUCAACCUGAAAAAAUUGGUUCCGAAUUGAGUGAAAGUACAAGAAAUUCCCCAAGAUCUCUCUCAAACAAGGUUUCUUGUGCAGAUGAUACAGAACUUGGGGGGGAAAGUGUUUCAGUGGUAGAGCCCUUUGCACUAGUUGAUUCUGCUACAGAAAGUACUAUGGGAAAUGCACUGCAGGGUUUAGAAGGUGCUUGUUUGAAGAAGCAGGUGUCACAUGACUUUUUGGAGACAAGGUUUAAAAUUCAACAACUGCUGGAGCCUCCACAGUACAUGGCCUUCUUGCCCCAUCAUAUAAUGGUGAAAAUCUUCAGAUUUCUUCCAACUAAGAGUUUGGUAGCUCUUAAAUGCACUUGCUGCUAUUUUAAAUUUAUCAUUGAAUACUACAACAUCAGGCCAGCAGAUUCUCGCUGGGUUCGAGAUCCACGCUAUAAAGAAGAUCCCUGUAAGAAGUGCAAAAAGAAGUAUGUGAAAGGGGAUGUGUCACUCUGCCGGUGGCAUCCAAAGCCCUACUGUCAAGCCUUGCCAUAUGGCCCUGGAUACUGGAUGUGUUGUCACCGGUCUCAGAAAGGUGUUCCUGGCUGUAAGCUGGGUCUCCAUGACAAUCAUUGGGUUCCUGAUCUGCGUGGUUAAAGCUGCAGUGUCCAUAAGAAAGCAGGAAACUGAAGAGGACUGUUAGAGCCUGUGUGAGGUUUAACUCUAAAGUAAUGAGUGAUUUAUUUUUAAACAAUUAUAUGAUCAUAUUUUUUUUUUUUUUUUUUAAACUUCAGUGAACUUUGUUCUCGAUGGCAUCUAUGUUUUAGGGAGGCCAGUGAGAUAAGAUUGGAGUGAUAGAAUAAAUGGAGUAUCUGAGUUGAAAGUGGUUUGAAUGGCAAGCACCAAUGACAGGAGAAAUAUUCCAAAUGCAGAUUAGUGGGAUAAAUAUAUAGUGUCCUAAAGGGACUACUUUUGAAGGGGAUGACACUCAUUCAGAUGUAUAAAUACUGGUAUACGGUUUUUAAAGAAAUCACUCAUCACUGUAUGCUUGAUCUAAAGCUGUUAUUUGUGGUUAGCAAAUGAAUGUCAUGCCCUGUGUUGUUUACAGUGUAUAUAAUUGUUUUGUUUUCACAGGCUGUGAAAGCAGAGUGUGGCCUUUACUUGGUAGUUGAGCACUUUUAGCUCCAAUGUAAAUAGCAUUAUUAAAAUCUGUUGUACAUAGUCAACAGCUGGCUGAACAACUUUAUCACUACAAUGCAGCUUGGAAGGCGUUGCAGCUAUAGUUGUGUGCCCAGGUAUCUUUCCUCAGAUUUGUAUAUCCUGUAUAAAACACAAAUGUUUCCUGAAUAAAAUAUGAAUGUUUCCAAUAUAAUAUAUGAAUGUUUCUGGGAAGAAACUCUUAAAUACUGAUGGGUUAGCUUGUUAAAAAAAAAAAUCCCAAGAUAAUGGCUUAACUGGACAACUUUAAAAUUAGACAAGAGCAACCCUCUGUUAUAUUAGUGAAAAUCAGUGAAUAAAAAGAGUACUGUAUAGUCAAAUUAUAAAAUUGUUUACUUUAUCCAUAUUGUCUGGUUAUAAUUUUUUUAACUUCAAUAAAAUAUAAAUUCUAAAUAGGA